AUGCCUUCCCUUCUAGAUCGUUCAAGACCUUCCAGGCUUAGCCGCGGAUGGCUAGGGCUCCCGACAGGUUGGCACCGUGCGCCGAUCGUCACUAUUUGCCUUUUGUCGAUAUGUUUCCUGGUUCUUCUCGGUAUAUUGAUCGCUGCAAUAUCCAAAACUGGAAAUGUGGCACAGGUCUGGGAGUUCUACACAGCAGACUGCACAAGUAAGGAUCCCAGCGCUACCAAUACUAUGCUUCAUCUCCUUCUCAACAUUCUCUCUACGGUCAUUCUCGCCUCUUCAAGUUUCUUUAUGCAAGUCCUGAACUCCCCGUCUAGAAGGGAGGUGGACAAGACACACGCCAAAGGCGACUGGCUCGACAUUGGAAUACCCUCGUGGCGGAACGCUUUCCGACUUUCAAAAUUCAAGCUCUGGAGUUGA